AUGGUUUCUAGCGAUGAUGAAGGCUUCUCUUAUAGCCUGAAGCAGAAGGUGGGCUCAUGGAUAGACCAAACUAACUCCAUUUUCUGUGGGAAAAAGCCGAAGACAUUAUCGAUCAAAGCGAUUGCCAGAAAAUACGGUGAUGAGAACUUGAAUUGUUUCCAAGACUCUUAUUCGAUAGUGGUUCGUAGAGAACACUCGAAAGAACUCUCCAGGUCGGCGGAAAAAGACUUCCGUGCACCAAGAAACCCCAUAGUUUUGUGCCACGGACUUUCAGGAUUUGAUCGGUUGGUGCUACUUCCUUCAAUUGGACAACUGACGAAACUUAUGAGCAACCAUUCUGCUUCUUCCAACUCCGAACAACAUAUGGAGCAGGAUUUAGAACAGUCGAGGCUGAAGGGAUUGUGGGAAGUCGAGUAUUGGGCCGGCGUUCAGCAGGCACUCGAGUCCAAAGGCUGCACAGUUAUAUCCACCCGCGUUCCUGGUUUCUCAACAAUUCAGGAAAGAGCGAAAGCUCUGAACGAAUGUAUCGAGCGCGAAACGAAACAUCUAAGAGUGUCGCAAAGUGCCGAAGAAACGUACAACACCAGCAAGCGACAAGAAACGGGAAAAUCCGAUGAAAUUCAAAAACCCGUCAAAGUAAAUUUGAUCGCUCACUCUAUGGGCGGUCUGGAUUGCAGAUAUCUUAUCUCCAACAUAGAAAAUAAGAAUUUUGACGUACUGAGUCUAACCACGGUUUCAACGCCGCAUCAUGGAUCUGAAAUGGCCGAUUUUGUCGUGCGACUUUCAGACGACCUCCAAAAGGGCGUUUCUGCGGACCGAAAACUAAAAAUAUUACCACCUGCCAUAUACCAGCUAACAACCAAGAGCAUGGAGGCCUUCAAUAAAUCCACAACGGAUAAUCCCAAAGUGAAAUAUAUGAGCUACGGAGCCUCCUGGCAGCCUAAGUGGUACAAUUUGUUUUUUACGUCCUGGAGAGUAAUCCACGAACUCACCAAUGGGGCGCCUAACGAUGGGCUAGUGAGCGUCGAAAGUAGCCACUGGGGUGAAUAUUUGGGUACCAUACAGAACGCUGACCAUCUUGACAUCAUAAACUGGAAAAACAAAUUUCAGAAGGAAAUUUCCAGGGCUUUGGCUCCAACGGAGUCUGCCAAGGAAGAAAUGGAACCUGACGUAGAUAUGCUGGACUUCUACUUGAGAAUAGCCGAUAACUUGGCGCGUAGAGGAUUUUAG